AGGUUGACCCGGCAAACUCUCUCCCCCCAGGGCUCGCCGAAGUCCACCACCAACCCCUCCCCCCUCGACCGCCUCCGCGCCGGCCGCCGAGAUGGAGACCCCGCCGCCGCCGCCGCGCUGGCCGCCGGGCUUCCGCUUCAGCCCCACCGACGAGGAGCUCGUCCUCUUCUUCCUCAAGCGCCGGGUCGCCGCCGGCCGCCCCUCCCCCUACAUCGCCGACGUCGACGUCUACAAGUCCCCCCCACCCCGGUACGUCCCCCAGCGGUCGGCGCUGCGGACGGGGGACAAGCAGUGGUUCUUCUGCAGCCGACUGGACCGCAAGUACCCCAACGGCUCGCGCGCCAGCCGCACCACCGCCGACGGCUACUGGAAGGCCACGGGCAAGGACCGUUCCAUCUGCAACGCCGGCCGCGCCGUCGGGAACAAGAAGACCCUCGUCUACCACCACGGCCGCGCCCCCCGCGGGGAGCGCACCGACUGGGUCAUGCACGAGUACACCAUCCUCGCCGACGCGCUCCCGCCGCCCGCGCGGGGCCGCGAGUCCUACGCCCUCUACAAGCUCUUCGAGAAGAGCGGGGUCGGCCCCAAGAACGGCGAGCAGUACGGCGCGCCCUUCCGGGAGGAGGACUGGCUGGACGACGACGACGACUGUGAGCUCCCCGCUGAUCCCAUCCCUAUCGCCGUCAGUCUACCUACUAGAACUGUGACAGUGGUCGAGCAGAUUGGGGAUGUCUUGACAGUGGACGACCAGAUUGGGGAUGUUUUGACAGUUGUCGACCAGAUUGGGGGUGUGGCAGUGGACAAGCAGAUUGGGGUUAUGACAGUGGACGACCAGAUUGGGGAUCUUGAGGUGUUCCUGUUGCAAAAUGGAGAUGAUCAGGGAAACAGUGAACCACAGUCGGAUUUCUCGACACCGGUUUCUUCACAGGCUCCACUUCAGCAUGGCCACCCUCAAGGUCGGCCCAGUGAUGACGGUAACACAUCUGAGGUUGCAGAUGCUACAACCAGCAGCCGUGGUAUGGUAAUGGCAGAGAAUACGUGCACUGAACUCCCUUUUGGGGAUCUUGAGGGGCUACUGAUGGAAAUAUCGGAUGAUCAACGGGCCACUGAAUCGUUCCAAGAAUUCUCAGAAUUCGUUCCCCAACUGCAGCUUCAGCAUGAUGAUCAUGAGCAUGAGGCUUGGCCCAAUGCCAACAUGGAGGAGAUUAGUGUUGCAGAUUAUACCACUAGUAAUGGCGUUGUGGACGCUUCAGGAUGUACUGUCACCGAGCUUCCCUAUGAGGAUAUUGAAGGGCUUCUGUUGCAAUUAGAGAAUGACCAGGGAAAUGUCCAACCGCUGGCAGAUUUCUCCACACCAGUUCCUCGUCAUGAGUUCCAUCAGGUUGGCUCUGGAGAUUUCCAUGGAUGUCACGGUGCUACAUUCAGCUCUGUAGAUCCUUCUUCUGCAGUGCAAGAAAACAGAGAUCUUGAUCCACGAUCAGAUCCCAGUAAUCAAAUUACACAGUCUGCUCUCACCAACAUGCCAUUGAAUUGGGAAACAGAUUGCACUGAAGAAACAAGUGCGAUGCGAUCUGUGUCUGGGUUGGCCAGUUAUGACGGCCAGGAUGCUGAUGAGGAGUUCCUUGAAAUCAACGAUUUCUUGGAUCCAGAAGAUGUAGGACAACAGAGUAUGAAUUGUACUGCAACCGAGCACUUGAUUUCUUCAUCCAAUGGGAUGUUUGACAGUUUGGAGUUUGCCGACGCUUCCAUGUUUCUACCUGGCUCAUUUGACACAGCUGGAGUGGCGACUGAAAAUCAGUUUGGUUAUCUUGGUGAUAGUGGAUCCCAGAACCAGGGAUUGCAGUAUACAUCUGAAUCGUGGACGCACAACCAGGUUGCUCUGAAUGUGCGGAACCACAUGAAUCAUAAUCAUGUUGUCUUCUCACAUGCAUCAGGCACUGCGAAUUUCCACACAGUGAAUGAGCAACCACAUAACCUGAGUCCAGCGGAUUCACAGUCAUGGUUCAAUUCAGCUGUAUCAGCCCUGCUGGAUGCUGUACCUGCCAAUCCAGCUCUGGCGGCUGAAAACAAUGUUCUCAACAGAACACUCCAACGCAUUUCUAGCUUUAGGUCAGAACAAGCUCCAAAGGAAGAAGCAAGCGCCCCAGUUAUCCAGGUCAGAAGAAGGGGCGCAGGGCUGAUCUCGGUCUCGCUACUGGUUUUGCUUGCCGCCAUCCUGUGGACCUUUGCUGCUGGCACCGGGUACGCAAUCAAGUUCUGCAAGGGGUUAUGGAAGUCCUCCUCUACAUGACAAGAUGAUGCACAAAGUUUGCUAGACUUACCCUAGCGGCUGAUCCUCAUCAUUACCCUUCAGCUGUUAGUUAUUGUUUUGCUAUCAUUCCCAUUGGAGAAAGGCGAAGAGGUAGAAACAUUUCCAAAGAAGUGUGCUUUGAGGUGUUAGUUAUCAGGUCAUGCAGGAGACUCGGAAAACCGAAAAAAAAGAAAAAAAAUAACUGAUGGUAAUAUAUAUAACUACUACCACUUAGAUAUUGCCCUCGUGUGGGUGUGAGACAUCGUAUGCCGGAUGUAAUUAAACCACGAAGAGGGAUGCGACUUAUGUGCAUAGUAUUAAUAUUAUAGAAUUAUUAUGAUUUUGCUCAAAAUUCAUGAUAAUGUGUGCCUGGUUAGUGCUU